AUGGCGCUCCCGGUAAAAUUCGGUGGAGGAGGGUCGUUUUCGUCCUAUAUGGAAAGGCGGCGGCGCGGUGUGGCAGCUCACUACAAGCGUAAGUAUGCAGGUGACGUCAACGUAGAUGAGCAAGUAGUGCCUGAAAAUGAGGCUGUACCAUGUCAACAUGUUGGAGAGGAGUGUCAAUGUUAUUUGGUUGAGCACGAAGGGCGGCAAUGGAGCCCACUGUCGGAUGGAAUCGUUGACUGUAGUAGCAUAAACGAUUCCGAUGGGGAUUAUGAUGGAGAUCCCGAGCAUUCGCCCAUGGGGCAAGAUAUGGUAAACAGCCUAUCCAGAAAUCCCGGCGCAAGCAGCAGGCAAGUAAAUGAUUCCCCAGCUCGUGCCUUAUCGCCCCUGUUCAAGGACUGCCAUUUCUACAUAGAUGGGGUAGUGUAUCCCUACAGCCGGUUGGGGGAGAACGAGAAUGCUGCAACAUCCGCUGUACAUGCUCAUGAGAAAUUGAUCGAACUUAUAGUUCAGCGCGGUGGGCACGUUGAAAUACACCUCUCGGAGUACGUAACGCACUACGUGGUGGAGCGCGUGGCUCUAGGGUGCAGCAAAUGGUGGAACAUGAGAGAGCGUGGAGGCAAGUAUCGCCACUACGCAGUUGUGACGCCCGCAUAUAUAUUCGAGUGUCACCUUCAGGAUACGAGGCUUCCCGAGCGCAAAUUCCUCCCGGCGUCGCUCCGGUCUAAGCGUGAUACCAUCACACUAACGCAAACAUGGGGGAAAGCAGAAGUAAAGAAGACGCCUAAUAAAAUCAUUGAUGAAGCCGACAAUGGUGGAGGUUGUCUGCCGAGUGAUGGGUGCCGAUCUCACCGUGUGGACCUGAAAACAUCCGAUAAGAACAUCAAACCCAAGUGCGAUACCGAUAGUGACACUGAGGUGCCUAUAGACGGCCCAUCAACUAAAUGCAGUGAUCGUGAUCACUAUGAUGGUACGCUACCUGCCGGUGCUCGUAAUAGCGAAAAUUACGUGGAAGCAACUUUGGCAAAGGAGGGAGAGGGGGCGAAAAGCAACGCAAGCGGGGUGGAUCUAAACAAUUUAAUACAGGCGUCUGUAACUAAGCAUUUCGGCACGUUAUCUGUAGACGAAAUUCCGCAGAUAUCGCCUCUCACAGGCGAUGGUGUUGAUGUCAAACGGCCAGUUAGUGAAGCCGUGCCGACAUCGCCAACCGUUGAUAAGGAUGAAGAUGCGUCGGCAAACGAUGCCGACCGUUUGGUUAACCCCGAAGACAAGGGUGCCGUAAACACCAUCGCCGUUGACGAAUAUUACAAAAGGUCACGGUUGCAUUUGUUGGGUACGUGGAAGACCAACGUCGAAAAGGAAUUCGACUUCGAACCGUUUACGGAGCUCAAAGAAGGGAUGCUUCCAAACGGUAGAAUCUUACAUAUCGAUAUGGAUGCCUUUUUUGUGUCAGUUGCGCUUAGAAGCAGGCCUCAUCUCCGGAAUAUGCCGUUAGCCAUUAGUCAUGGCACCGGCCGAAACAGCGCUAGCGAAAUAUCAACGUGUAACUACGAAGCAAGAGCAUUUGGCGUGCGCAAAGGGAUGUGGGUCAGAGACGCCGUCAAGCGUUGCCCGCUGUUGAAGUUUGUUCCGUACGACUUCGAUGCAAUAACGGACACCGCCUUGAAGAUCCUGAGGAUAGUAGCCGGGUUGACAAAAAGGGUUUACUCCGCUAGUUGCGAUGAAUUAUAUGUGGAGUGCUAUAUGGGAGACAGCGCCACGGAUAUCGCAAAUUACAUCAAUUUCGCCCAUAACAUUGCGCAAAUGAUUGAAAGGGAGACGGGGUGUCCGCUCAGUGUUGGCAUCGGUGCGAACAUGAUGCUUUCGAAAUUGGCGUCGCAGAGAUGCAAAUCGCUCAAACACGGAGGAAAGGAAUCUACCCCUGGGUGCUACAUACAGCAAAGUGUUUGUGCGGUUGUUGAUGUGGACGCUUUCAUGGCGUCAGUGUCACUGCGUGAGCUUCCAGGUGUGGGAUACCGUGCCAUGGCUUUGUUACAAUCGUGCGGAUACGUGUCUUGCAGCGAUGUGCACGAUAAAGAGGAACUUAAAGGGCUGCUUGGUGACAAGUUGGGAAGCACCGUAUAUCAAUUCUGUCAGGGACUGGACUACCGUAAUAUCAACACCGCAGAAAAGCGCUCUCACAUCGUUAAAAACAAAACCAUAUCGGCUGCCAUCAACUAUGGUGUGCGCGUCACAGACAUGGAGCAGGUCCACGAAUACAUGCGCCAGCUUAUCAGUCAAACCUGGGAACGUGUUGAAAUUGCGUCCGAAAACCUUCGGGGGCAGGGAGCCGCCAGCAGCACUGCCGGAGUCCCUCAAGCGCAAAUUACGCUAAAGGUACGUGUGAGGAGUCCAGAAGCUAGCAUUGAGCCCGCAAAGUAUAUGGGGUGUGGAUUAUGUGAUGAGUUCACUGCAUCCGUGGCUGGUGACCUCUUGUCUCAAAAGAGUGUCCUAGCGAGUCUAAAGGCAUGUUGGAAGAAGCUUACUGCGAAACAAACCAUACCACUGGAAGAUUUGAGGGGGAUAGCACUAUCUAUAUGUCGUAUUAAAAGGGGGUCUGUUGCGGAGUAUAAUACAAUUGACCGAUUCCUGGUGGCAGUAACGUCGUCACCUUCGCCCGUUGGCACUUACCCCGUUUACCGAGACACUCCAUCGCGUAUAAGCACGCCCCAAAGAAAUGGGCUGGGGGUCCGCAAACCUGAAUCGCUGAAUGACAGCAACAGCGAACACAAAGAAUCAAUACUGAGGUACCUGCACGUGUCGCCACGCCCAAUGAGAACACCCGUUAAGAGGAAGCGAUCGAGAUGCAGCUAUGGUAGACAACUAACAAUGCACGAAUUCCUAUCUGGGUCCACUCCGUCUGAUUCCAAAUGCAAGAAUAGGCUGUGUCACAGCCUGUCUACAGGCGGUGCUUCCAGCAAAGAAGCCGACGAUAGAGCCAAAGUUGUGAAGCUGCCUCGUAAGAAAGUUGUUGAAAUCAUACCAAUCACGCCAAGUUUAUCCAACGUCUGGGUAUGCGCUGCAAGCAGCAAGAUAAUCGAACAAAGGCUGACAGCCAUACGGAGUGCGUGGUCCAUGUACAGCGGUGUUGUAGCAUUCUAUCGUGAAAUAUUUGCCAACUAUGCGACGGUUUUAGGUGAAGACGGUAAUGUGACCGAAACCUCAAACGCCGAUAUAACAAACACUAAUGACCCGAUGCUGCCUACCACAAACAAUGAAGUGGGUGCCAUCAACGAGGAAGAUGGCAUUCAAUCUAAUUGUGCAGAAGUGGUCAUCGAGAAAUCAUCAAAGCCUUGUCACGAAAGGGGUGAGAAUGGGCCACCAGGUAAUGGAUGCGAUUACGCGCCGCAUAACAAUGCCGAUACGGAUUUAUGCGAGGCAUCCAAUACUAGUAGCGCUAACGGUGAGCGAUCAAGAUCGGAUGAACAUUGUGAUAACCGGUGCCCCAUCACGCCUUUUCAACUGCGACGCGUAUGCGUAAGCUGUCGUGCGAAGUUUUUCAAAAACUUCGACAUUGGAAUGCUAUGUAACGUUGCUUGCAACGAAGAUAUUUGUUGUCUGCCGCGACUGAAGUCUGCAAAACUAUGCAAAUCAGAGGCAGAUCUCACGUCUCAUGCGAUCACCAUGGUGAUUUGCACUCUUGUCUACGCUACACUGCUAAGAGCCGUCGUGCAACUGUCUCGUAAGGGGCAUCUCGAUGUUUUGCAGGUGUUUAUAAGCGUGUCUCUGCGUGAAGCCGUUAACAUCACCGCCUCAUUUGUAGGUGAACUCAAUCGCCCCCUUCAGAUGCAAUUUUUUGCGGAGGCACAGUCACACCUGUUGAAAGCACACAAUCUUAGCAUGAACCCAAUAGUAAUGUAA